AUGUGUGACCAGCAGAAGCAGCCGCAGUUCCUUCCAUCUUGUGUGAAGGGUUCGGGACUUGGAGCCGGGCAAGGUGGCAGCGGUGCCUUUGGGAAAGGCCAGGUUUCAGGAUCCGUCCAAACUGUUUAUGCUCCGGGACCUGCUUUUUGUCAGCCUCAAACCAUCGUGAGAUACUCAGCUCCGGUUCCCACUCAAACUUACGUGAAAUAUCAAGUUCCAUGCCAGACCAGAACCUACGUGAAGUGCCCAGCUCCCUGCCAGACAUACGUGAAAUGCCCACCUCCCUGCCAGACAUACGUGAAGUGCCCAGCCCCAUGCCAGACAACCUAUGUGAAGUGCCCAGCCCCAUGCCAAACGACCUGUGUCAAAUGCCCAGCUCCCUGCCAGACUCAGACGUAUUAUGUCCAGUAUCCAGCGCCUAGCCAGACCUACUACGCUCAGGCUUCUUCUGGUGGCUCAGGUUCUCAGGGUGGUGCCCCUGACCCAUGCUCUGCUCCCUGUUCCAUGAGCUACUGCUGUUUGGCUCCCAGGACCUUUGGGGUGAGUCCUCUGAGACGCUGGGUCCAGCGGCCCCAAGGAUGGAACACCGGAUCUUCCAGCUGCUGUGAGGAUUCUGGGUGCUGCAGCUCUGGAGGCUGUGGAGGCUGCAGCUCUGGAGGCUGUGGAGGCUGCAGCUCUGGAGGCUGCAGAGGCUGCGGCUCUGGAGGCUGCGGAGGUUGCGGCUGUGGCUCUGGAUGCUGCUGUUUGGGAAUUAUUCCCAUGAGGUCCCGAGGUCCUGCAUGCUGUGACAGUGGGGAUGAUUGCUGCUGUUAA